AUGGAUGUGACGGCAUACAAUACAGCAUUAUCAGCAGCAGGAGGAGGACCAUCACUUACUGCUGCUGCUGCUCUUGCUGCUGCUGCUUCUGUGCUGCUGCUGCCUCUUGCUGCUGAUGGUAAGAAAGUAUUUGGUAUAGCAAGGGGAGGCAAAUUUGCGCCAGUUGGCGAUUUUUGUUUUUCCGUCCCUCCCGGCAUGACGGGUGCAUUAGUAGCAGAGACGAUGCUACAAGAAGAAGGACAUGAGCUAUUAAUACAUUCAAAGUCUGCAGCAGAAGAAUACAAGAAAGCAUCAAUUAAUGCCGGACUUUCUUUUGAUGUACAAGAAGAAGAAGGAGGAGAAGGAGGAGGAGGAGGAGGAGGAGGAGGAGGAGAUAAAUCAUUAAUUAAUACCUGUAAUGCCCUACAUAAUAAUGCUAGGGUUAGAGAAACAUUAGCUGGUCUUUCAAAGGAAGAACUAAGCAGAGGGGCACCGCCUGCAUUCUUCGAGCUCAAUUUAGCUGUUGAUUCAAGCAUGGACGGACAAGAGAUGACUGCCUGGAUAACGCGUUGCGCAGAGGGUCAGACUUUAAAUGCCGCUUAUUCAGUAACAUUUCUAAACCCUGGAGGGUUUUUUACUCGCCAAUUCUCUUGCCAGGAUCAAGGCCUGCUGCAGCUAUACAUGGUGAUGUCCUUCUUAGCCAUAGCCAUCUGUGCGAGCAGCUACCGGGUGUAUAAGCAGCAGCAGCGGCAGACAUCCCCUCUUGCUGCUGCAGCAACUUGCUGCUGCUGCAUCCUAGGAACAUCUAUAGUGCUACAGACCUUCCACUUGAUUGUAUACGCUGCGCUAUCGAUGGUUGCAUUAGGCGUUGUUGCUGCUGCCUUGAUGAGUUUAUUAGGGGGGACCUUCUUCCCUGAUGAAUUAAACCCUGCUUCUCUUUAUACAACUGUCUGGGCUCUGCCCCUCCACAUCAUCACCGGCGUCGCUUCAGGUCAGCAGCAGCAGCAACAGCAGCAGCAACACCAACAGAAGCAUAUUGAUUAUGGUGUUAUCUUUGUUAAAUGCGGAGGCGGCAAGUUUACCCGUACAAAGGAAUACAUUCCUUCGUUUGUGUUUCUGGGGGACGACGUUUGUUUUAUCUCCUCUUUUUGUCAUUUGUUUUCUUAG